AUGCUGCCUGUGUUUGAAGCGGAGACGCAACAAGGACAAGCUGUGCACAUAAACUAUUAUUUAUGCGUGUUGUGCGUGUGUGUGUGGCAGGUGCUGCUGCGGGCACGCGCGGCAGGCGCACGGCAAGAGCGCGGAGGUGGGGGCGCCAGAGGAGGUGUGGAAGCCGUCGCGCCACACCGCGCCGGGUCCCACCGACGCCUUCGGCACCCUCGAGUUCCAGGGCGGCCCGCACGCCGGCAAGGCGCAGUGGGAAUACCGGUGAGCUGUAUUGAUCGUUGUGUGGUAAGGGCGACGGAGGCACUACCUGGAGCAUAUGAGGAGGAUUAUGGUGGCCCAAUGUCGGAGGGCCCUCUCCAUGAAGAAUUCCUGGAAGAAACGUAAAGUUUAUUUGCGUGGGCGCUGUUGCAGUACGUGCGUCUGUCGUACGACACGCGGCCCGAGCUCAUCAUGCAGCUGUUCACGCGCGAGUGGACACUGGAGCUGCCGAAGCUGCUCAUCACGGUGCAGGGCGGCAAGGCCAACUUCGAGCUGCAGCCCAAGCUGAAGAAGGUGCUCCGCAAGGGCCUGCUCAAGGCCGCGCGCACCACGGGCGCCUGGAUCUUCACCGGCGGCACCAACACAGGUGCGCUUUUCUUUCCUUCCUUCCUUCCUAGGCGAACGGGCAGCAAGAAAGGCGAACGGGCAGCAAGAAAGGCGAACGAGCAAGAAGACGAACGCAGGCAAGAAAGAAGGGCGAGCGAACGGCAGCAAGAAGGCGGCGAAACGCAAGCAAGAAAGCGCGCGAACGGCAGGCAAAAGGCGAACGGCAGGCCAAGAAAGGCGAGACGGAAGCAAGAUGAAGUACACGAGCAUGAGCUAUGUAUUUCCGCUCGCCACUGCAUAAUCGGCAGGCAAGACAAGGGCGAACGGCAGCCAAGAAAGGGCGGAACGGCAGCAAAAGAAAGCGAAACGGCAGGCAAGGAAGAGGCGAAAACGGAGAAAGCAAGGGAAAGGCGAACGGGAAGGCAAGGGAAAAGGCGAACGAAGGGGCAAGAAAGGCCGAACGGGGAAGCAAGAAAGGGCGAAAAAACGGGGAAGCAAGAAAAGGGCGAAAAACGGGGAGCAAAAAGGAAAUUCUCCUUCCCCUCCCCUUUGUGUGAUGUUUGCCUGCUGCGUGACGGCGGCAGGUGGGACGAGCGCGCUGCUGGAGACGUCCGCAGCGACAGCGCGGCGCGUCGUGGUCAUUGCGCAUCGAGCCUGGGGCAUCGUGGAGAAAACCACGAGCUGGUGCGGGCCAACCAGACCCUACCACUCACAUCUCCUGGCCCAGCGUGAAUUCCGACGCGCACAACAUACUGGAAGCUGGAUAAACCAGUUUUUUUUUCUUCUCGCUGGCUGCUGCAGAGUCGUAAAGUAACUAACUCUAUCAUCCUGCGGCGCAAGCUGGAGAAGUACAUCUCGCACCAGCGCCUGCACCCCGGCACGCACUGCAGCGUGCCCGUGGUGUGCCUGGUGAUCGAGGGCGGCACCAACACCAUCCGCGCCGUGCUGGAGUACGUCACCGACUCCCCGCCCGUGCCGGUGGUCGUGUGCGACGGCUCGGGCCGCGCCGCCGACCUCCUCGCCUUCACGCACAAGUAUGCAUCGGAAAGUGGUGAGCAGACUGUUCUCGAGAACAUGAAAGACUACCUGAUUGGCACCAUCCAACGUACUUUUGAAGUAGGUUUAGAACAAGCUGAGUGCUUGUAUUCAGAGUUAUUACAGUGUACCAGCAAGAAGAACUUGAUCACUGUCUUCCGUAUCACCGAUAGGCCUGAUUGGAAAAGCCAGGAACUGGAUCAAACGAUCCUUACUGCGCUAUUCACUAGUCAACAUCUGACACCCACAGAGCAAUUAAGUUUAGCACUUACAUGGAACAGGGUUGAUAUUGCUCGAUCUGAAAUAUUUGUGUAUGGACAAGAGUGGCCUCAGGGGGCACUUGAUGAAGCAAUGAUGCAAGCACUGGAACAUGAUCGAACAGAUUUUGUUAAAUUACUUCUUGAAAAUGGAGUGAGUAUGAGGAAAUUUCUCACAAUGGCUCGCCUUGAAGAACUUUAUAAUACAAAACAGGGACCUGCAAAUACAUUAACCUAUAUACUCCGUGAUGUGCGUCCACACAUUCCUAGAGGUUAUGUAUACACUUUGCAUGACAUUGGCCUUGUAAUUAAUAAAUUGAUGGGUGGAGCCUACAGGCAAGUCAUAGCUCCUUAUACAAGGCGGAAAUUCAGAGUUAUCUAUGCCAAAGUAAUGAAGAAGUCUCCUCAUGUACAUCGUAAUAGUGCAUCCUUUAUUCGCUAUUAUGGAAACACAAACCUCACAAUGAGUCUUUUGGCAGAGACUAUGCCCACCACUAAAGAUGCUUCUUUGUUUGAAUUCCCCUUCAACGAACUCUUGAUCUGGUCAGUGCUGACGAAACGACAAGCGAUGGCUCUGCUGAUGUGGCAGCAUGGAGAGGAGGCCCUGGCUAAGGCCUUGGUGGCCUGUAAGCUUUACAAAGCAAUGGCACAAGAAGCAGCUGAAGAUGACUUAGAGACUGAAAUAUAUGAAGAACUGCGUUCUUACAGCAAAGAAUUUGAAACUAUUGCAUUAGAGCUUCUGGACUACUGUUAUCGGCAAGAUGAUGACCAAGCGCGCCAGUUACUUACCUGUGAACUACAAAACUGGAGUGCACAAACCUGCCUGAGCUUAGCUGUGGCAGCAAAUCACCGUGCUCUUCUAGCUCAUGCAUGUAGUCAAACUAUUCUGGCUGAUCUUUGGAUGGGUGGAUUACGCACAAGGAAAAACACAAACCUGAAGGUGGUUCUGGGUCUGCUGUGUCCUCUCUAUGUCACAAGACUUGAUUUCAAGACAAAAGAAGAAUUACUUCUGAUGCCACAAACCCACGAGGAGCAUUUGUUUGAACUAGAGGAGAAUGAAAGUGCUGAAACAGGCACUGGUGAUGGCCCCCGUGGCUCAGACCCUGAUGCAGAGGCGCUGAUUGGAGAAGGAGGACCUCGAAAGGAGACAGUGGUGCAAGAGAACGGCAGUGUAUUAGUGGAAGGAGAGUCCUAUAAUCAACUGUUCCCAUUAUAUGACAUCAAAGCUCAUCGACCUUUGAGGUUGCGUAAGAAGUUCUAUGAAUUUUUCACAGCUCCCAUUACAAAAUUCUGGGCUCAUUCGAUGGCCUACGUCUUGUUCCUGAUAAUGUUCACUUAUGUAGUGUUGGUGAAGAUGGGGCCAGUACCUUCAUGGCAAGAAUUAUACAUCAUUGCAUAUAUCUGUACGUUGGCAUGUGAGAAAGUUCGUGAAAUUGUUUCCUCUGAACCAGUGGCUGUCAGUCACAAAUUUGCUGUUUGGGCAUGGAAUAUGUGGAAUCCUUGCGAUGCUGCAGCAAUCAUCUUUUUUCUGAUUGGACUUAGUUUGCGAGUACGCGACAGUUCAAUGAAGAUAGGGCGCAUCAUCUUUUGCGUAGACAUCAUCUAUUGGUACUUACGGAUCCUCAAUAUCCUGGGUGUCAACAAGUAUUUGGGACCACUGGUCACAAUGAUGGGGAAAAUGGUGAAGAAUAUGAUAUACUUUGUGGUGUUGUUGCUAGUGGUGUUGAUGAGUUUUGGAGUAUGCCGACAAGCAAUUUUGUAUCCUGACAGUGACGCUUCAUGGAUGCUAGUGCGUGAAAUAUUUUUUCAGCCCUAUUUCAUGCUGUAUGGUGAGGUGUUUGCCACAGACAUUGACCCAGCAUGUGGAGAAGGACCAGAUCAAGCACGCUGCCAAAUGGGAAGAUGGAUUACACCUGUUGUAAUGUCAAUGUACCUGCUAGUAGCCAAUAUUCUUCUUAUAAAUCUUUUGAUUGCAGUCUUUAACAAUAUUUUCAAUGAAGUCAAUGCUGUUUCACAUCAAGUUUGGAUGUUCCAACGAUUUACAGUUGUUAUGGAAUACGAGCAGAAGCCAGUGUUGCCACCACCAUUGAUCGCAUUAUGUCAUGCUGCUAUUUUGUUUAAGUAUUGUCGUCGGAAGGCUCAAGGUCAAGGAACAAACACAGAAACUUAUGACAAUGCAUUGAAGCUCUUUCUUGAUGCGGAUGAUAUGGAGAGACUGUACGAUUUUGAAGAAGAGUGUGUUGAAGGGUAUUUCCGUGAGCAAAGUUCCAAACUGGCAAUGUCUAGCGAGGAACGCAUUAGAUGUACUUGUGAAAGAGUGGAAAAUAUGUACCAAAAGGUGGAGGACAUCAACCAGAAGGAGAACGCGCAGACGACGGCCAUCCAGAGCGUGGAGUUCCGCAUCCGGAAGCUGGAGGAGCUGGCGGCGCAGACCGUGAGCCACCUGGCGGUGAUCCACCGUUUUAUGGCGACGCACUCGCGCGACCCGCUGGCGGCGGCCUCGGCGUCGGCCGUGGCGGAGCUGGAGCUCCGGACGGCGGGCGCGGCGGGGUCGGGGCCGGGGCGCGGAUACAGGGGCCGGGCGCGGGCCGGGGGCGCUGGGCGGCGGCGCGGGGCCGGCGGAGGGGGGCCGCGCCCGCGACUCGAGGGCGCGCGGCUCCUCCGACCGCUGGACCGCUCGAUGCUGGUUGGUGACCGCGCUCGCGCCGACCGCCGCCACGCGCCACGCGUCCGCGUCAGC